AUGAUGGAAUCCAGACGACGGCUGCUGGAGCGACCUAUCUACCUCGCCAUCCCCAUCCUCAUCGGACUGUUCAUCACGCGAUCUCCAUUCCUCAUGUCAGCCGUAGCACCCACCGAGGGCAAGCCGUGGGCUGAUGCCCCGAUGAAGCUCAUCACCACGCCGCAGUACGAGACCAAAAAGACGGACAUAUUCACUACCGGUGCCACCCACAUGGCUUUACUGCACAAUGCGAUCCUCCGCGGCUACAACUCCAUCUCCCAGCAGGCGCCUCACAUCAAGCCCGCCGACAAGGCCGACUUCAUCGGAUAUUCCCUGACAUGGCACAAGUUCGUCAAGACGCACCACGAUGACGAAGAGGCGACAUUAUUCACCAAGGUAGAGGAGGUGCUGGACGACAAGACACUCUGGGAGGAGACGCACAAGGAGCAUGAAUCCUUCCUCGGCGGCCUUUCCCAAUUCGAGAAAUACCUGACCACGCUGAAGUCGCCUUCGGACUUCUCCGGCACCGAGCUCACACGCAUCAUGUCGACAUUCCAAGAACCGUUCGAGUCGCACUUCCACUCCGAGAUCUCGACCAUCGCCGCGCUCGCCGACCACCCGAAGGCGCCGAAGCCAGGUUCCGAGGAGGAGGCCGCCGCGUCGCUGACGUUCAAGACCUGGGGCAAGAGCACGGUGACCAAGGCCGGGACGCUGGAUGUGGUGCCGUUCUUCCUGCUGAACCUCGACGGCACGACCGAGGACGGCCUGUGGGCUAACUGGCCGCCGAUCCCGGCUCCCAUCAAAUGGGGUCUGACGAAUAUUGCUGGUGCGUACUACUCGCGGUGGUGGAAGUUCAGCUCGUGCGCGAAUGGGAAGCCGAAGCAACUGUAUGCGUUGCAAUAA